AUGCCGGAUAAUGAGGAUGCUGCUCAAAUGAAGCAAUCCGCUACUACAGAUCUUGAAGACGGGAGAGCAGAUGUCGUAAACACUGUGGAGGGCGAGGAGGAACUGGAUGUAUUCGGAAAUGUCGGUCAAGGUUUGGUAGGUCAUUACAGAGAGAUUAUGAUCCAGUAUUGGCAAGAGCUAAUCAAUGAAAUUGAGUCAACAAACGAACCUGACUCCGAAUAUCAAGAUGAUUUCAAAUCACAUUCCCUACCUUUAGCAAGAAUCAAGAAAGUUAUGAAGACAGACGAAGACGUGCGAAUGAUAAGUGCGGAAGCACCAAUACUUUUCGCCAAGGCUUGUGAAAUCUUCAUUACAGAGCUGACAAUGAGAGCUUGGUGUGUAUCUGAAGAGAACAAGAGGCGUACGCUGCAGAAAGCUGAUAUUGCUGAAGCUCUACAAAAGAGUGAUAUGUUUGACUUCUUGAUUGAUAUAGUACCAAGAAACGCGCAGUAG